UAACUACUUCGCCGACGGGGGUGAAAUCCGGAGCGCCGUUGCCGUCUCUUCUAUUUGCUGUUGGCCCUCCUCGAUUGUUGCUAUUUGGGUACUGGAUCGCGAUCGACUGCCGGCGAUGACGACCUACGGCACGAUCCCCACCUCCACCGCCCCCUCCUCCUCCUCCUCCUCCCCCCUCGACUACAUCUCCCGCGCCAAGGAGCAAGGCCGAUCCGCGCUGGCCAUGCGGCGGCCAUGGCGACAGUUUGGAGACGUGCGAGCCCUCAGCCUCCCGCGAAGCCUCGGCGACUCCUACACGCGGAUCCGCACCAACGCCGCCUAUUUCGCCAUGAACUACGCCAUCGUCGUGCUCCUCGUCGUCUUCUUCAGCCUCCUCUUCAAACCCGUAUCCCUCAUCGUCUUCAUCGUCUGCACUGUCGUCUGGUGUUUCCUCUACUUCUUACGGGACGUGCCCCUCGUAAUUUUCGGCCGCGAGAUCAGCGAUCUGGUGGUCCUCAUCUGUCUGUCCAUCUUCACCCUAGUGGCUCUGCUGCUGACCAAGGCAACCGCCAACAUCCUUAUUUCCCUGAUGAUCGGCCUGGUUCUGGUGCUGAUCCAUGCUGCGAUUCGGAGGACGGAGGAUCUAGUGCUGGAGGAGGAAGCUGAAGGGCCUGGGAGAUGGUAUGCCGCCGGGCCGUAGCGAACUCUCCAGGCAGUACUGUCUCAGCCGUGCCUAGCAGCCUAGGCACUGAUCUGACGCUCGACUAGCAUAGUGAAUUUUAGAAGCUUGUGUUGGACACAACCAAAGAUGACAAUGGAAUAAAGUUCUGAGCUCUUGGACAAGGACAUUAAGGUGGAUCACAUGUCAUGCCUCUGCUGAAACAAUUGCAUGCUUCCAAUGAUACAAAGCAUAGAUCAACAUUUGAUUUGUAAAAUAUAUUUUGUUGAAUCAAUAUUAUUUUCAAAAGGAGUAAAUGAUUGGGCCAUGGCAAAAGAGCAAAACUCCAAAGCAUGGAAUCAACUAAGUGGAGGCAAGAAUAUGUGUGUCUACCUUUUUUUUUUUUAUUGUUCCAAAAAUAUUUUCCCUUUUCCCUUUCCCUUUGAAUUUAUCUUGUACUGUUCUUACUAGAAA